UUGAAGAGGUUACUGAGCGGAUGAUGGAGAAUUCAAAUAUGUGCCUAUGCUGAAAGAAUGGAAGCAAUGGAUCAGACUGCAGCCUGGCCAAAUGAAUUGCUGUAUCUACUACAUUUCUAAAAGCAAGGUGCUUCUGGUUUGACAGCAGAUGCCGCAGGGAUGUAGAGCUGAAGGAAUUUUUAUGAUUUGCCAAAAUAUGAGGGGAACUCAGCGAGGACAUCAGAACUGGGAUGCCCCUGUCUUCUGUCUUCAGUGAUGCCUUGCUUCACGUGCAUCCUUUGUAUGCUAUGCUGUUUCUAAACAGUAAAAACACUAAGAGUAAGUCAGCAAGGUGGAUUGGCUGAUCAGGUGCAUUUCUCUUUUGGAAGAGAUGGUCCUGGUCAUAAAACUUCUGUUCCUCAUCUGUCUGUGGCCAACAGCAGUGCUACACAGUUCUCAAAGUCAGCAUCACCACCUUCAUCAUCAGCAACAAUUCUCAUUCUUAAGAAAGCAUAACAGCAAACGAGAAAUUAAAAUGAGGAAACUUGACAGCACGAAAGUACGGCCACUUAAAUCUGAGCAGCUUCUUCGCAUAGAGGACCAUGACUUUGCACUGAGACCUGGAUUUGGAGGGUCGCCAAUACCUGUGGGCAUUGAUGUGCAGGUAGAAAGCAUUGACAGCAUAUCUGAAGUUGACAUGGACUUCACAAUGACUUUAUAUCUCAGACAUUACUGGAAGGAUGAGAGACUUUCAUUUCGUAGUAACAAAAACAAAAGUAUGACUUUUGAUGGAAGACUGAUAAAAAAGAUCUGGGUACCUGAUGUAUUUUUUGUACACUCCAAAAGAUCUUUCAUCCAUGAUACAACUGUGCAAAACAUCAUGCUUCGAGUAUACCCUGAUGGCAAUGUACUCUUCAGUCUACGAAUAACAGUUUCUGCUAUGUGUUUCAUGGAUUUCAGUAGGUUUCCUCUGGACACACAGAACUGUUCUUUAGAACUGGAAAGCUAUGCAUACAAUGAAGAUGAUCUGAUGUUAUACUGGAAACAUGGAAACAAGUCCCUGAGCACAGAUGAGCACAUCUCCCUCUCCCAGUUUUUCAUCGAAGAAUUCAGUGCUUCCAGCGGAUUAGCUUUUUACAGCAGUACCGGUUGGUACAAUCGACUUUUUAUAAACUUUGCACUCCGGAGACAUAUUUUCUUUUUUGUGCUACAAUCCUAUUUCCCAGCCAUGCUGAUGGUGAUGCUGUCUUGGGUUUCGUUUUGGAUUGACAGAAGAGCUGUUCCUGCCAGGGUAUCACUAGGUAUAACUACAGUGUUGACAAUGUCAACCAUCAUGACAGGAGUAAGUGCCUCAAUGCCCCAAGUGUCUUACAUAAAGGCUGUGGAUGUGUAUUUAUGGAUCAGCUUCCUUUUUGUCUUCCUGUCUGUCAUUGAAUAUGCAGCAGUGAACUAUCUCACCACAAUUGAAGAGAGAAAGCAACUCAAAAAAAGGGGCAAGGCUUCAGGAAUGUAUAGUAUUGAUGCAGUGCAAGCAAUGGCUUUCGAUGGCUGCUUUCAUGACACGGAUGUGGACAUGGACCUGACUGCUUUCUCAGACCGCUGUGAAGAGAAUGAGACUCGGGCACGUGCAGCGAGCAUCUCCAAUGUGGACACAACUCGCAUAAAGAGGAAGAGAUCUCUGAAGGGAAACGUGGGCAGGAUUAUUUUACAGAACAAUCAUGUUAUUGACACAUAUUCCAGGAUUAUAUUUCCCAGUGUGUAUAUUGUGUUCAACUUUUUUUACUGGGGUUUGUACAUAUGAACAAAAACCAUUAUAAGCCAGACAUUAUUUUGCAUAUGAGGGUAGCAUCGUGCUUUAAAAAUAAGGCAACAGCAGUAGAGGAAAGGGUUAAAAGUUUCCAAAACUGACUUCUGCAUCAUACCAAGGCUGGUUUGGUUACUUUUUCAAUUGGACUGUGCAAUGCUUCAUUGGGGCAAGUUAAUGCACAUGCUACUACCACAGUAGCAUAGAAGCAGUUUGCUCACCAGGGGAGCUGUUUGUCACACACCUGAACAGACAGCAGCUCCCACCUGAGGUAUAAUCCAGUCUCUAUCUACACUCUAACCAUUCCUCUUUAAUCAGCCUUUCUGUUUGUUCUCCACUUGUGGUCCAUUUUAGUAGGCAAUCAGCACCGAUUGCCUUCAAAUAAUUCCUAUCCUUAUUUCACUUGCUGCAUUUCGGUUUUGCUAGGCAACCUGUAUGCACCUCAGCAGCCUUUGUCCUCGGAUGGCAACUAGGGGGAAAGUGAUUACGGCUUAGCGGUGGAGUAGGGACCAGCAGAAAGCAGGAAGCAAAGCCGAUGGGGCUUUGUACAUUGUGCAUCAUCAACACCUCUAGAAAAACCCUCAACCUGUCAGCUGUCCCUGACUUUCCACAGGACCACCGGGAAGGGCCUCUGUUUUGGAAAAGUCUUGCUCACUAGUCCCUAAGGCAGCACAGGAACAAUGUCCCAGACAGGAUGCACUCAGUGUCUUACAGCCACCUCCCAGGUGGGUGACUAGCAUCACCUGCAGAAGCUAUGCCCCUCCUGUGACACCCACACACCUGUGCCUCACAUAGACCUGCUGUGAUCACCUGCUUUCUGCAUAACUGUUCAUUUCAGAAACACAGGCUUUGAGGCAGAGAUUUUAGAAAACCUUGUCAAGAAAACAACCCACCCAUGUCUUCAGCAGAAUCUGGUUCUUCUGCUUUAUGUUGCAUAUGUGAGCUUGGGGUUUUACCCGUGCCCCCCCCCCCCCCAGCUUUUGAGGUCGAAUGUUACAGUGAGGAGAAGCUACAUAUGCCCGCUUGCAGCACUAAUCCCCAGCACAGUUGAAGAUGCCACACUGAGACACACAGGAAAUUGAAGGAACCAGCUGUGCCAAACCAGAGCCAUAUACAGGAAUCCUGUCACUCCCAGAUGAAUCCUGCAUGGAAAUAUCCUUAGGUUCAGGCUAAGGAGAUUGGGUUAAGGAUGUUCAGGGACACACACAGAAAGUAUUCACAGCUCCAGAAAAGAAUCAAGAUUAUUUUUGUGACUUUCCCAAAUGAGGAACAUUUUCCAUUUAAGUUCCUUGGGUUUGUCUGUCAUCUAAUGAAGUGAGUUUAUAUUUAGAAAGUCAGUUCAAAAUGAUAAUUUGUGGUGGCAAAAAAUGUCACAAGCCAAAUGCUUGGUCACUGCUUGGUCAAGAUUAGGAAGUGGGAAUAAAUUUGGAAGCCUGAACCACUCUCCGGUUUAUUUGAUUUUCCUGCUCCAAUAUUGUUUGCUUAUAGCAUGGUGAUGUCUCUUUCAAAAAGUUGCAUUUGUCAAGCUCCCAAUUACAGAGCUGGAGAAGCUGCUGACGCACUGCAUGCCAGGUGACUGAAAUCUGAUGGAGUGAGUGGGUACUUUGGCUGCCAGUUCGUUGCCAAAUGAUCAGCGCUAAGAUGGCUUUGAUACUCUUCCAGGAAAUUCUGUCAGGGAAAGCAAAACCGUACCAGGAAUGACAAUGCUGGGAACGUAAAGCGAAAGGACACGCAGGCAACAGCAACAGCACACCAGACCUCAAGCUGAGCAAAUGUGUAAUAUAGAUAUAUAAAAAAAAUACCAUGACAUCUUCACUACUGCACUGCCAUUAGGGAGGCAACCUGCACAGGUGUUUCUGUUUGCCUGAGAAGAUCCCAUCUAAUUGCUCCAGAUGUGUCAUGUGUGUCCUAAACUUUUCACACAAACUAACAUAACAUCAUUGUUUUCACAUAAUUUUUUUAUCUGCCUUACAGGAAGAGGUAUUUGUUGUGUAGCCAACAGUGAAUCCUCAGCCUCCAAGAGAAAAAAAUACCCAUGUGCUUCUUGACCCAAACCAGUUCCCUCUUCUAAAUUUCUUACAGGAUCUGCAGCAGCAAAAGCCCCAGAGCACAGCAUGCCCAAGCCCUGUGUAGGCUGCCCAGCAAACAGGCCCACAAAUGGAAGUGUGGAGGAAAAGAGAUUCCUGCCUGCAUUUACCUUC